AUGGGCGACUGGAGUCUGCUGGGCAAGCUCCUGGAGAAUGCUCAGGAACACUCGACGGUGGUGGGGAAGGUGUGGCUCACGGUGCUUUUCAUCUUCCGCAUCCUCGUGCUGGGAACGGCAGCCGAGGAGGUGUGGGGCGACGAGCAGUCGGACUUCAAGUGCAACACCAAGCAGCCGGGCUGCGAGAAUGUCUGCUACGACCAGGCGUUCCCCAUCUCGCAUGUGCGCUUCUGGGUGCUCCAGAUCAUCUUCGUGUCGACGCCCACCCUCAUCUUCCUGGGCCACGUGCUCCACCUGCUGCGCGUCGAGGAGAAGCGCGGCUCCAUUGUGACGUCACAGCCCCAGCAGCCCCAGCAGCCCCAGCAACAGGAAAUGACGUCGCAGCAGCCACAGGAAGCGACGUCACCGCCGAUCGAGGUGCACGUGCGCAUGGAGGGGGCGCUGUUGCGGACCUACGUGUUCCACGUGCUCUUCAAGACGGCCAUUGAGGUGGCCUUCAUCGUGGGCCAGUACUACCUGUACGGCUUCGGCCUGGAGACACUCUACAGGUGCGCACGGUGGCCGUGCCCCAACGUCGUCGAUUGCUUCAUCUCGCGUCCCACGGAGAAGACCAUCUUCAUCGUCUUCAUGCUCGCAGUGGCCUGCCUCUCGCUCCUCCUCAACCUCGCUGAGCUCUACCACCUCGGCUGGAAGAAGCUGCGCCGCGGCGUCUCCACAGAGGAGGCGUUGGGCGCCGAGCUGCUGGAAGCUUCCACGGCGACCUCCAACUGGGCCUCGUCCUCGCCGAGGGGCGGCCCCGAAGACGCCGCCGCCGCCUCCUACCUGAGCUGCCCCCAUUACGCCACCGCCGGCUGUCGCUCGUGCGCCGCACGCGCCGUCCGCGGCGACUUCGUGAUCCCCUCGGGGAUCAAGCUCGUGCCGGCCUCCGGGGCGGCGGGCGGAGUCGGCGCCAAAGACGGGAAAGGCUCCGGCGUCGACGGCCGUGACGGCGUGGCCACGGCCGGGCCGUUGCCGGCGAAGGGACCGCCGCAGAUGACGCCGGGACCGCGGCCGGGCGCCGUCUCCGAGAGCACGGCACCGUCUCCGACCGCGCACCCCGUGGGGGAUGUCGCGGUGGCCCCCGUGACGGCCGUCCGGGGCGGCCCGCAGCCCCAGGCGGCCAUGGAGUCGCGGCUCGUCCGCGAAGCCGCCAAAGUGCAGGACUACGGAGCGCCGGGCCCGGCCGGCCCACCGCAGGCCGCCAACGCGCAGGAGGCGGCGGCGUCGGCCGUGCUCAACUCGAGCUCGCCGCAGGGCGCGCUUGGCUUCCCGCGCGUCGCCUUCAACUCCCCGCAGCCUCUGCCGCCUCUGCCGCCUCUUCCUCCUCCUCCUCUCGCUCCGGUCGCGAUGGCAUCGCUGCCACCGUCGGCCGCGCCCGACCGAUACGCCAUCGCACGGCCCGGCGUUCAGGGACACGCGCUGGCCGCUCAGUCCAACGCAGGGUGGGCGGGGAUGGGAGGGGGGGCGACAGGAGAGGGAUAA